CAUUGUCAUCAGCGGCAGCAGGAGGUAAACAAGUCACGAUGGAGGAGGUGGCGCGGUCCUUAGCUCAAUUAUCCCUCUCCAGCGACCCCAAGAAGGAGCUGCGGCACCUCAAGACAGCUCUUCUUGGCCUGGGCUCGCCGAGAAACACUGUAUUGCCCCGAGAUAUUGACUUGGGAGCUCUCUUCGACGCCUUCAACACCUCAGACAAUGAGCAGAUUGAGCUUGCCGUGCAGGUGAUGUCCCAGCUGCUGCCAUGCGUCAGCCCCCUGGAGGCACUGGAGAGGUUCAGGGCCGAGCUGCUGCGAGGCUUCCUUCACCCUGCCGAGAACGUGCGGCGCCUGGUGCUCAAACAGGCCCUGCAGUGUGUGGAGAGUGAAGCAGGAGUAACAUGCCUUGCCAGUGACUCAGAGAUGCUGCACCUGGUCCUCAAGAGUGUGGGGGACAAGUGCCUGGGUGUGGUGAAGCUUGCCAGCAGCGUGGUGGUCAAGAUGUGUCACCAACCUGCUGGCCUCACUGCUAUCUUCUCCCCUGCUGGCCUUGCUGUCAUCCAGGAGAUGGUGGCACAGACAGACACAACUAGGUUCAAUGUGUAUGAGCUUGUGGUGGAGGUCGGCUUACUGGGGCCAACAGCUCUCAGUGCAGCGGUGACCACAGGCCUGCUUGACCGCCUGCUGUCGGAGGUCACCAUGGGGGAUGGCCUGACUCAGCUGACGGCCCUGCAGGUACUGACCCCCCUUGCAAUGAGCCCUGGGGGGAGAAGGCUGCUGGACGAAAAGGGUGUCACGGCAAGGCUGAUGUACCUGCUGUCGCUGGCCAAGAGUGACCCCAUCGCCAGGCUGCUCACUCACGGUCUGCUGGAGUUCCUGGGCAACAUAGGACAGGCACGGCCCCAGCAGACCCUGGAAGAGCACGGAGCAGUGGCCCUCAUGGUCCUGCAGCUGGCAUCAGGCCACCUUGAAUUGGACGGUGACCCCUCCCUGCAGGCGUCUGCCCUCCAGGCGGUGGCACGCAUUGGCACCUCAGCAGAGGGCAAGCUGGCCCUGUCCAAGUGCAAGCAUGAGAUGGACCAGGUGUUGGAGACCCUGGGUACAGAGGCAGUUCGGGGCCCCACCAACCUCAAGGUUCUCUCUAUUGAAGUCCUGACACAGCUCUUCCACCUGGAGCCACAGGAGUUGAGGGAGGAGGUAGUGGUGGUGCUGGAGCUAUGGUGGGCCAGCACUCUCAACUUUAGUGAAGUGUUCAAGCUUGCCCGCCUGCCAUUCCCGGACCUCCACAUGGCAGCCCUCAGGCUGCUCAUCUCCCUGGCACGCCUCCCAUGGGGGCAGCGCUUCAUCUGUGGGGAGCCAGGCCUGUUGGAGUACAUUCUUAACCGCACCACUGAGACGGACAAGGAGGGCAUGGAGGGGAAAUGGACACUGGUGGAGGCCAUCGUGAAGUCCUCCUCAGCCCCAUCUAUUUUCUCAGAGGACCACAUGGCGAUGCUGGAGAAAUACUUCAGACAGGGACCUUUCUACAGUGAGGCCCAGUUGGAGGUGGCUUUGGAGGGACAGGAGUAAAGAUGGAGUUAGUGAGAGUGAGGUGUCAGUCUGCUCCCAAGUCUUACUGUAAUGUGGGGAACUUGGAGCCUAACACGAGAAGGAGCCGCAGUGUCAUGAAGAAAUCCACUAAUGUCAGAGGGUUGCACUGCUGCCCCUGCCCCGCCAGUGGCUCAGUGUGAUUUUUGAUGAUUGAUUGAUCGUCUGCCAUUGCUUUCAUUAUAACUUUAACAAAAAUCACUAUAACAGCGGUCCAUAUCAGAAAUGAACCCUGCGUUAGCAGCAACCUGACUGUACAUGUGUUAUUUUGUUUUAUGUGAAAUUUAUCACAAAUCCAGGAAAUUAUUCAGCCAUUCUGAAUAGAGAGGCACAUUUCUUUCGUGCAUCACAGUAAUGGUUAAUGCUGCACCCAGAGAAAUCUCGCUGCUGUCAAGCCUGUCAUUUUGUGGUGAUAAGUGUUUUCCUGAAUCGUCACAGUUUCAGUGCGUCAAUAACCUCAUUGUUGUGGUGCCAAAAAUCUCGGUGAAUCAUCCAAUCUCACAAUUUCAAGCACUGUGUGACGUCUGUUCUCAGUACCAUUGUGUCACGACAGUAAUGUGUUGACUCAUCACUCACCUUGACAGGCUGAAGUGCUUGGUGAGUGAUGGGCAGCAGCCGUCUCCCCCACAGUGCUGCUGCCUUACUAAGGAGUCACCCGCUGGGGACGUGACACAACACACAAAACAAGCGCUUUCUUAAACAGGAAGACAAUGACAAUAGCUGUAAUGAAUGCUAUCUUGUAUUUACAGAUAUUUAGGCAUCAGUCAUGUGUCAUCUUCAUUGAAUAUAAGCUUACAUCUGUAUUCCUAAAGAUUUUUUCUCUCAUAGAUCUGUUUUCACAGGACACAGAGAUGAUGGGUCUAAUUGUAAUGGAUGUCAGUGGUUCAGAGUCCAUGUUAAACUAUCACUAUGAUCUUGAGGUGCCGUAAAAAUAACAUAACUUCUACUAAAGUCUAAUAGAAGUAGCCAAAAUCAGAUGCUGAAAUAUUUGAGUGUAGUCCAUAACUUUUGAAAACACAAGAUGAUAUUUUAUUACAAUUCAAAGAAUGUUUCCAUAUAUUAUUUUGAUGUAACUUUUUGAAGAGAGAAAGCUAAAGAUUUGUAAACCAAGAUGUAUGAGUAUUAGCACACUGGUACUCACUUCUCAACAGUGUCUGUUCAGCAGCCUUCCACCAGCUCAUUGGUGGAACAGCUCACCACAGCAACCAGAACACAGACACACACACACAAAAUUCAGCAUAGCACUCACAGCAUACACAAUAUAAUAUGCACACAUUACACACAAUACAUUAAAUAUAAGGGAGAUAUUUAACAUCACACACUACACACAUACAAAAUGACAUUAUACAUACUCAACAUGAGACACACACUCACAACACACAGCAUGCAUUAUAUUCAACAUAACAAAACACAGAACACACAAUACACUUAAUGUAACACACACAAAACACACAAAGCUGAAGGUUAAUAAUUUGUACAUACAUAAAGCCUCUUGUUUUUUUGUUUUUUUGUUUUGUUUUUUAAUGCUCAACAUCUCUUUUAUUCAUUUCAUAUUCUUUGGGCAUUUCUGGCAAGUACAUGAGGGAGUAGUAGUAACAGUAGUAACAAGGACACCAGUCACUCCACCUCUUCUCUCUUUCAACCAGUGUUUCUUAACAAGGAGUUGCUAGCAUCCCCUGAGAUCAACUGUAGUCAAGUGCUGGGAAAUGCUGCAUGUACAAUAUCAGUGCUUCUCACAGUGGAAACAAAAGGUAAUGAAGGGAUACUUUUUGAUUAUUUUGUCUUUAAUACACUCUGACUUAAUUUUCAAGUGUAUCAGUGCAACUACAGGCAAGUAACCAGAUGUGAGCCAGUCAGGGAUGCUGGACUGUCUAUGAAGAUCUGACUCCAGGGGUGCUGGGUUCAUGAAAGGUUAAGAAACACUGCCUUCAACAAACACUUGAGGCACCAUCAUCAUGUCAACUUGUAUUUAUAGCUGAACGUUUCCAUCACUUCACCAUGGUCUAAAUAUUCUGGGAUGUUACAUUGCAUUGCAGUAAUACCACUGAGUGUGAGGAGAUUCUUGUACAUAUAUUUCAUUGAAGAUGAUGAAGAGUAAGAAAUUUUUACUUUACUUGUGGUAUUUUCUUUAGGUGUCUUCACCACAAUUACUUAACAGAAUAAGAAUUAGAUUAUCAUUUAAACUUCUCCCUUCCACUCGCAUUCUGUAAAGAACAACGGCUAUGAUUAUGAAUUAAGCUUCUGUCCUUUCUGUUCUGUAUCUGCAGGGAACAGUCACUAUGAGUAUGGGUAAGGGCUACAUUUUUCUACAUAACAAGGAAUAAGGAAGGACAAUUAUCUUUUAUGAAUCUGUGAAUAAGUAAUCAAGCUUUCUAUACAAGGAACAAUCAUUCAUGAGUUUCUAAAUAAGUGCUACAAUUUUCUGUGACAAAGUCAGGAAGGAAUGGUUGCCUCUUGUGAAUCUGUGAAUUACUACUACAAUUUUCUACAUGGCAUGGAAUCUGCAAGGAACAAUCACCCUUACAAGUUUCUGAACAUGUGGAACAGUUUUCUACACUUCAUAAGGGAAUGGUUUAUAUAGCAAUAUGGACUUUAACCUGUCAAAGCAGAAGAGUGAAUCACUUGUAAAAAUAAUACCAAACUAGCCAUCACCUUCAAUGAAACAGUUGUUCUUCAUACAGGGAACAUGUUAGGCACACAUUAUAAUGUUUUGAGUUGACUUGUGGAGAAACUGGAAAACCACGGAGACCCUGUUGUGUCAUGCCUUCAGCCUUCACCACCAGACACUGACAGGUCUUGCUGCCUGUCCUUACAAAUUAUGUCUGUGCUUAUGUCUUUCAGCACUACACUGUGGUAAUUUACCCAACAGAUCACGCGUAGAAAAUAUGAUGAACAGCAGCCCAAAGUAGUGAUGUCAUACUGUGCAAAGUGUUUCAGGGGGAGAGAGAGAAGAAAAAAGAAAAGUCAGUAUCAGACAACUACCUCUAUAUAUCACACUCAGAGGUCUUAAUAUAAAGCAGUUUAUCAGUCCAUAUAUUAAUUUCUAUUCUAUCUACACACACAUGAAAUUCAUUGGACUUUGUGACAUCACUUCUUGGAGCAACUGUACAUCUAGACCUCAACUCAGGAUAACCUCACUUGAUGUAUAGUUUUUUAGGUGACCGUGAGGCUUAUUCUGUGUCAUCUUGAGGCCGAAAAGUGAAUAUAAACACUUCAUCCCGGUAUUAUUUUCCUGUCGUGAUCUGUUGAAAAUUAAUCAACAAAUGAGAUGAAUAAUUACACAAAAAAACUAACCUUGUACACAUCAGAGUGCUGUGAUAUAAUGAAGAGUAUUGAA